GUGCCAUCCACGAAGAAGGCCGAAAACACUGCAACAGUGAUGGACCAUUUGUGCGCCGUUGGAGAUCGCGUGUCAUUCGAAAAAUAUUUAAUUAUUUUCUUAUAAACAUAUCCCUUUUCAUUCUCUAAAUCUCAUCUCAUCUAUAGAUUGGUAUUCAGAAAUUCUCCAAAAAUCCAGUACUUCUUAAAAAACUUCAUUCAUGAAUUCGGCUUUGUGUUAUCAACUAUAUAAUCAUAAUUUCCGUAAAAAAUCAAUUAAAAUCGUAAAAACCUUGUGAAAAUAAGCUGUUAACUGCACAACUAUAACAAAAUUAUCAUUUGAUACAAGCUUGCAUUAUAAUAAACACCCAGACGAUAUCUCGUUAAACUGAUUAUCAGAUAAAUGUGAGAACACAGAACACAAUACUCGCAAACGGCUGGCACUGGAGCAAAAAGCUGUUGUGUUGAGUUUAUCUUCUGUUUUGCUCUUGGUGAAGUGCUGAGCGUAAAUUAAAGCUCAGCAGCGCUUUACAAGCGCACAGUGAGUUGGUGAAUGAUUUUAGUAACGUUUUGUGAAGAGCAAAUUUUAGUUUACUUUGUGCUUGGUUGCUGGCUUGGUCAAAUAAAUUGAUAGUUAGAAAGCAAUACGUGUGAAAUGUGUAGUUGACAAAUAGUGGAAGCACUUGCUAAAAAUCAAUAUCUUAAAGAGUUAUUUAGUUAUAAGCAUAAAGCAGUUGUUUACGAAAAAUUUGCCUACAAGUAAUUCGUCUAAACGCGUUUUAGUGAGACUUUUCGUACGUAAAUAUGUCUAGUUUUGUGAACGCUGUGCGUGGUGUCUUCCGCCGUCAUCCCUUUCUUGCCAACAGCGCCAUCUAUGGCAGCUUAUAUGUUGCUGCCGAGUAUUCGCAGCAGUAUUUGGUGAAACGUGUGCUGCCGGAAACCGAAGCGGGAAAAGAGGAUAUCGAUUAUGCCACAAUAGGUCGGUAUGCUGUCAUGGGUACAACCGUUUUUGCACCAACACUCUAUACAUGGUACAAAUGGCUCGACCGCACCUUUCCUGGCACUGCCAAACAGAUAAUCGUUAAAAAGUUGGUGCUGGAUCAAUUCGUGUUAACACCCUAUCUGCUGACAGUUUUCUAUACAGGCAUGUCACUGAUGGAGCAAGCCGAGGACCCUUUUAAGGAGUUACGUGAGAAAUUUUUACCCACAUUUACACGUUCUUGCAUAUUUUGGCUGCCAGCGCAAACUUUGAAUUUCGUAAUGGUUGCACCGAGAUUUCGCGUGAUCUACAUGGGUGUCUGCGGUUUUAUAUGGGUGAAUAUUCUAUGCUGGAUUAAGCGACAACCCAAUGAGCUAGAGUCUGAGAGUGAGAUGAAACUGAAGGUGGCCGGUCAAUAAAGGUUUAAGCUAAGUAGAUUUUAUAGAAAUAGAGAUUUUUAAUUAACUUAGUUAACUAGAAAACGCAAUGCUUGAGAGUUGCUUGUAAUAGCGCUUUUAUAAAAUAUUUUCGAGACAUUUAACGAAAAAAUUAUCAAGAAGAGGCUUAUAAAAUGCAUAUACUUGUAAGUUCAAACACUAUUUUGUAAGAUAAUGUAGAGGUGAAUGAAAAAUUAAACGUUUUUAGGAGAAGAAUUUCUGUAGAAGGCGUUUUUUAAGAGAAGUGCGAUUUGUCUUAAGUUAACAAUAAGCUACUUUAUUUUAUUAAACCAUUAGAAAUGAAUUUAUUUGUAAAGAAAAUAAAACGUUGAAAUUUAAUUUAUUUAAAUUAAUCGAUAUAUAUCGAUAAAUGUUAUGCGAUUUGUGACAGUAUAACUUUCGCGGAAACGUCUACAAAGUAUAUUAGUAAUAAAAUUUGUUAACAUUAAUAACCGUUAUAUUGAAUAAAAACGAUAUAUUAUCGAAUUUUUUCAACAUA